UCAAAGAAGGUGAAGAAGAAAAAAUAUUUGAAGAUGCAUUAAAGAAUUGCAAAGAAUCAGAGGAGAUUUCUAAAAAAUUAUUAGUAGAUGGUGCGAAAACAUUGUGGAUAAAUUUUCAUAACCCUAAUGUAUCAAAUGUUGAUAAUAAUGAAUGGAUUGAUAGUGAUUUAUAUUGGCAAUCAUUUAUUGAAAAACAUUCUACAUAUAAUUUGAAUAGUAAAAAUAUACAUCCAGAAGAUGAUGAAAAUUGUACAUUUGAAAAAAAUGAAUGGCAUAGAAAAACUACUAAAUUUAAUGAGAGGAGUGAUACACCUAUAUUAUAUGAUUAUAUGAUAAAUUUACCAUCAUGGGAAUAUUAUGAUAUUAAUAGAAGGUUCUUUUUAGAAAAUAUGUUAUAUUUUUUAUUAAGGACAGGUUUAAAUUUUCGUUUUUUUCCAGAAAUAUAUAAUUGGAAGUGGAUAGCUCAUAUAGAAGAUUUACGUUAUCAAUAUUUAAACAUAUCUCAUAUUAGAAGAAAAGAACAUCAACUAAAAACAAUUAAAAGAGAAGUUCCUUUAGAGUUACAACCAUUAGAUUAUGAACAUAAAGGAGAAGAAUUUCAUCUGAAAUUAUUACAACAUUUUAAAGAAUAUCAAAAUUUAGUUAUCGCAAGAUUAAUGUCAAAUUAUAUUUUUUUAUGUGACCCAUACAUACCUGUUCAGACAAGAGAAUCACUUCAAGGUGUUCUUGAUCGUUUCAAGAGAGGAAAGUUGUAUAAGCUAGUUUCACAUAGUUGUGUUAAUACAAACGAUGGGAAGAAUCAAACAAACAGUUUGGUUAAUCCCAACAUUAAUAAUAGCAAUAGUUUGGUUAAUCCCCACAUUAAUAAUAGCAAUAGUUUGGUUAAUCCCCAUAUUAAUAAUAGCAAUAGUUUGGUUAAUCCCCAUAUUAAUAAUAGCAAUAGUUUGGUUAAGUGCUUAUUUUUUUUACCAGAUGAAAAAUAUAUAGAUAUAGAAAAGAAAGAAUCACAAGAUGAUAAUUUUAAAAUAUAUUCUAAUAUGUAUAAACCAUUAGAUGCUCUGCAAAAUUUUUAUUCGUAUUUAAAAAAAGAAAAUAUCAAAUUGAAUGAUUCAUAUAUGGAAAUAUUAAAUAUAUUUACACAAAUUAUACAAGAAAGAGGACAAUAUUGGUUACAUAUACCCAAUGAAAAAAUUACUGAUACAUUUCUAAGAAGAUAUAAUAAAGACGAUUCAUUAUAUCCUAUCUUUGUUCAAUAUUGUGAUGAAUUGAAUGAAGCUUUUUUAAAUAAAGUUGAGAUACUACCAGAAAAUUAUCAUAAAGAAAUUUCUUAUAUUGAAAAAAUAUACCAAGAAGAAAGUCGUUUUUUUCAUACCUUUGUUAAUUCAUUUUUAACAAAUCAUGACGAUUUAAAUUUAUCUUUUCAACAAAUAAAUUAUUGCAAUUUAUUUAAAAUGAAUGAAAAACAAAUUGAUCAUUUAAUAAAAACUCAAAAAUUAGUAUUAAUGGAUGAAAACACACACCAAAAAAUAACUGACCCGAAAAAGGCCUUGGACCACUUAAAAAAUAAGGAAAUGCAAGCACAAGAAAUAAGAGAAUUUGUCAAAUCGUUACCUCUAUGA